AUGUUAAUACAAUUAAAAAUAAUUAUAAUUUUACUUUUGGUUUGUACCAUUUCUUUACAUCAACGAGAAUCGAUUGUCGUUGUUAUGGCUACAGGGGAUAAUUGUAUGAUUGGAGGAUGGACAGCAGAUUCUUGUGUAGAAAAUCAAUACUAUUUUGGUAAUGAGGAUUAUACCAUAUCUUUCAACAACACUGAACUCAAUAUUCCACAAGGCUGGAAACUAACCUUUAUGGGCAAAGUGACAAUUGACGAUACUGUCAAUGUAACAUUCAAUUGCAAGAACAGGUUAACAAUAAGGGGACAGACUCCUUUGAUAGAGGAUUGUAAACAAAUUGAAUUGUUCAAUGGCGGUGAAUUGUCGAUUUCAUUCAGGGAAAUGACCUUUAAUUUCAAUAUGACCGAAACAGUUUACACUGCCACCAACUUUAACAUUCAUUUGGAUUACUUGAUAUUUGGUGUAUUUAAACCUUCAAAUGGCCCCUAUGGUUAUCCAUUCAUCAAUACUAAUAUUAUUGGUAAAUAUUAA